AUGCUGCGGCGCCCCAUCCUCGCCGCCUCGAGGGCCGUUGGGGCUACGGCUGCGGGGGCGGCGGCGGCCCCUCGCGCGAUGCCCCGGCUGAACGCACUCGCAGCGUUGCGGCCGGUGUCGUCGCCGCUGCCGCUGCUCUUCUCCCGGGCGCACCGCAGCAACGGCGCCGGCGCCGGCGAGACCAUCCCCUCGACACCCAUCCGCGUCCUCCGCGCCGUUGAAUCCCUCCGCCGCUGGCGCAAGCCCCACGUCAUCAACCACCGCUCCGUCGGCCUCGUGCCCACCAUGGGUGCCCUGCACGAGGGCCACCUCGCGCUGGUGCGCGCCGCCGCCCGCGAGAACCACCACGUCGUCGUCAGCAUCUACGUCAACCCGGCGCAGUUCGGCAUCCGCGAGGACCUCGGCUCCUACCCCGUCACCUGGGACACCGACGUCGCGGCCCUGGCGCGCCUCGACCGCGAGCUCGCCGACGACGGCGCCAACCUCGGGCGCAUCUCCGCCGUCUUCGCCCCCACCACCGACGACAUGUACCCCUCGGGCUUCCCCGGCCAGGCGGUCGACAGCAAGGGCAGCUUCGUCACCAUCACGCCCGUCGGCGAGGUGCUCGAGGGCGCGAGCCGGCCGACCUUCUUCCGCGGCGUCGCCACCGUGUGCAUGAAGCUCUUCAACAUCGUCCAGCCCGACCGCGUCUACUUUGGCCAAAAGGACGUGCAGCAGACCGUCGUCAUCCGCCGCAUGGUCCGCGACCUCAUGGUCCCCACUCAGGUCGUUGUCUGCCCGACGGAGCGCGAGCCUGACGGCCUCGCCCUGAGCUCCCGCAACGUCUACCUCGGCACCCGCCGCCGCAGGGUCGGCAUCGUGCUCAACAGCGCGCUGCGCGCCGCCGAGGCGGUGUAUCAUGCCGGGCAGCUCGACCGGGGCGCCAUCCUGGGCGCCGCGCACGAGAUCACGGGGACUGUGCUGCGCGCUCAGAUGGAGCUCCCGCCCGACGAGCGUGCCAUCUUCGAGGUCGACUACAUUUCGCUGGCGGACCCGGACACACUGGAGGAGGUGGACGCGGUCGACCCGGAUAAGGGCGCCGUCAUCAGCGGCGCCAUCAAGAUGCUGCCGCUGGAGAAGGCGCGCGAGGGAGAGGACGUGGGCCACGCCGGCGGGCCGCAGGUCAGGUUGAUAGACAACAUUAUCCUCAAGCGGAGGAGUUCAUAG